AUGGCAAAGAAGACUCCAUUAUCGGAUGUUAAGACGUACACCGGCCGAUAUACAGUCAUUCGGCGAGGAAGUAUGAGAGCUUACGAUACAUGGAAAAGAGAGUUUAUACUGGAUCGAUGUUGCAACGAGAACGACUUCAUCAAAGAGCUAGUGGUCUCAGCGACACCUCACGUCUUGCUCAACCUCCUAUUGGUCGCCUAUCUUCUAUUCGGAACCGUCUUGUUACAGUACGCAGAUGAAGGAUACGGUAAUGUGGUUCCAACAACGAAUGUCGGAAAACUAGUCUGUAUCGGAUACUGUGCAGACGUCGUUUCUAAGGGACUCCCUCUUUGGUUAUCGAUUAUGCUAUUAUGUUUGCAUUCACUUCUGGGAGGCCUGAUAUUCAGCACGUGGAUGGGACAGAUGCGGUUCAUUGACGCUGUCUACUGCAGCUUCAUCUCGGUGGCAACAAUUGGUUAUGGGGACUUGGUUCCCGUGCCUGAUACAUGGGGACAUACCGUGGCGAUCAUCGCGUUCCUUUCUGCAGGAGUAGUCAUUCUAUCGACUUUGUUUGACAGAUUCGGAUGCUAUCUACAGUAUGUACACUACAUUGGCCGGCGAUUUCGUGGCAGAAAGGACGUUGAGAUUUGGUUUGGAGGCAGUGUGCUGACCGUUCAAGAGCUAAUCACUUUGGUAGCUGAACAGUUCGGCGUAUGUCCACGACGCCUCAGAGCAGUGCUGCGAAACCUAGACAGCAUACUGGAAGCAGCUUGUGACGAGACGGGUAAGGGUAGCUCCGAAUCGUUGUACAAGAACGGUGCAGUAGUUCCAAACGAGUCCUGCGCUAUCUCCAUAGGAAGUGGCGAUCCCCGUGCAGUACUUCUAGCCAAAGACCCGUCGGAUGUGUAUGCUACGGUCACCCCACUUUAUCGGAUAGCGUCCAAUUCUAGUUUGCAGAAGCUGAGUGUUCGCGACACGGAAAUUGCACUGCAAGCUCUUCGAGUCAUCCACCACAAGCUGAACAAGACGACACUUCGCCAGUCAGCUCGCGAAAGGAAGCCACUGGAUGUCAGACGGACUCUUACCGAAUAA